AUGAAUCCUGAAGAGAACGAGGUCAAAGAUGAGCGCCUGCAGCAUCAGGAAGAGGGGGCCGAUGAUGAGGAAGAGAUUGCGGCGAUGAAGAGACGGGUAGCCGAAAUGGAAUCCGAGGCGGCGAAGUUGCGCGAGAUGCAAGCCACCCUUGAUCAACAGUCCGAGAACCUGCGGGAAGACAAGGAAGAAAUCGAUGCGCGGAGUAUUUUCGUCGGCAACGUUGAUUACGCUGCUUCCCCGGAGGAGAUCCAGGCGCAUUUCCAGAGCUGUGGCUCAAUAAAUCGUGUCACUAUUCUCCUGGAUAAGUUCACGGGUCAGCCGAAAGGGUACGCCUAUGUAGAGUUCGCAGAACCUAGCUUGGUUGCCCAGGCACUUGUUCUAAAUGAGAGUGUUUUCCGUGGCCGGAACCUAAAGGUCGGUCCCCCUGUCUACCCCCUUGUGCCCAGUGCCGUUUCUCCCCUAACACGCACGCAGGUUGUCCCCAAGCGUACCAACUUGCCCGGCAUGAGUCGAGGCCGCGGACGAGGUGGCUUCCGUGGCCGGGGUUUCUUCCGUGGCGGUUACCCCCCUCGGGGAGGCUACCGUGGAGGCUAUCGUGGUGGUCGGGGUCGGGGCUAUGCACCUUACUAA